AUGUCUACAAGCUCGACUCAUGUUGCUGCUCUGUUGCACGGGGCUAGCGACCUCCGAUUGACGCAAGUCGCAACGCCCACUCCGCUUCCACACGAAGUCCUCAUUGCUCCACGUGCCACAGGGAUUUGCGGUACGGAUAUGCACUACUACUCAGCUGGCCGCAACGGCAUGUUUGUCGUCACCACGCCUCUAGUACUUGGACACGAGGCUGCAGGGACGAUCGUCGCGCUAGGCAGUGACGUGGAGUCGUUGGGACUGGGUUUGAAGGUCGGAGACCGCGUGGCGAUCGAGCCACAGCGGCCGUGCGAGAGGUGCAAUGUCUGUCGCAGUGGCAAAUACAACCUUUGUCCCCGGCUGGGAUUCAGUGGCAGCGCCAGCGCGAGCCCACCAAUUCAGGGAACGCUACAGGCCAGGUAUACGCACCCGGCGUCAUGGGUGUAUGCGCUACCCCAGACCAUGAGUUGGGAAGAGGCCGCCAUGGUCGAGCCAUUGAGUGUAGCGGUUCAUGCGGUCCGAAGGGCCAAAGUCAGGGGCGGCAUGAGAGUGGUGGUACUCGGAGCCGGUGCAAUCGGAUUGUUUUGUGCUGCGGUGGCACGCGUCAAUGGCGCCAGAUGGAUUGGUAUGGUGGACAUCGAUGGCGCGAGGCUGGACUUCUCGAGGCGACACGGAUUUGCCGACGGCGUUUUUGAGAUUCCUAUCCGUGGUAACGAGGGAGAAUCAAAGCCGGACAUGGCCAAGAGGCUGGCUGCACAGAUACUUGAGAAGGAAGGCGAGGGAUGGGGUUUGGCGGAGGUCGUGUUCGAAUGUACGGGCGUCGACACCUGCGUCAAUAUUGGGAUCCAUUGUGCUGCGCCGGGCGGCAAGGUGGUGAUUGUGGGAAUGGGACAGCCGGUUCAGAACAUUAACGUGGGAUCGGCGGCGGUGAGAGAGGUCGACCUCUUGUCGCUAUGGAGGUAUGCCAACACAUUUCGCACCGCCAUUGAUAUGAUUGGUUCUGGGCAGCUGGACGUCAAGCCCCUGAUCACUCACAGGUUCGACUUGCAGCAAGCCGCCGAUGCGUUGCAAUUGGUCGUGGACAAGCCCAAGGAUCUCAUCAAGUGUAUCAUUACCUCGAACCAUUGA